GAUGGCUUAUUUGGAGGAGAAAGGAGGUGUUCCCUGUGGUUUCAUCCGCCAGAAUUCCGGCAACUCCAUUUCCUUGGACUUUGAGCCUGAUACAGAGUACCAGUUUGUGGAACAGUUGGAAGAGCGCUACAAAUGUGCCUUCUGCCACUCGGUGCUUCACAACCCCCACCAGACAGGCUGUGGGCACCGCUUCUGCCAGCACUGCAUUCUGUCCCUGAGGGAAUUAAAUGCAGUGCCAAUCUGUCCUGUAGAUAAGGAGGUCAUCAAAUCUCAGGAGAUAUUUAAAGACAAUUGCUGCAAAAGAGAAGUCCUCAAUUUAUACAUAUAUUGCAACAACGCUCCUGGAUGCAAUGCCAAGAUUAUUCUGGGACGAUACCAGCGGGUUCUACUGACCUGUUGUUCUCUGUUGCAGGACCACCUUCAGCAGUGCUUAUUUCAAGCUGUGCCUUGUUCUAACGAGAACUGUCAGGAACCAGUCUUACGGAAAGACCUGAAAGAGCAUUUGAGUGCAUACUGUCGGUUUCGAGAGGAAAAAUGCCUUUAUUGUAAAAAGGAUGUGGUAGUCAUCAAUCUUCAGAAUCAUGAGGAAAACCUGUGUCCUGAGUACCUGGUAUCUUGUCCCAAAAAGUGUUUGCAGAUUAUUCCAAGAUCUAAGGUGGAUGAACACCUUGCUGUAUGUCCUGAAGCCGAACAAGACUGUCCUUUUAAGCACUAUGGCUGUAGUGUAAAGGAUAAGCGGGGGAACCUGCAGGAACACGAGCAUUCAGCUUUGCGGGACCACAUGCUUUUGGUUUUAGAAAAGAACGUCCAAUUAGAGGAAAAGAUUUCAGACUUACAUAAGCACCUAGAACAGAAAGAAAGUAAAAUCCAGCAGCUAGCAGAAACUGUAGAGAAAUUCGAAAAGGAGUUCAAGCAGUUUUCACAGUUGUUUGGCAAAAAUGGAAACGUCCUCUCAAAUAUCCAGGUUCUUGCCAGUCACAUUGACAAGUCUGCUUGGCUAGAAGCUCAAGUGUGUCAUUUAUUACAAAUGGUUACCCAGCAACAAAAUCAAUUUGAUCUGAGGCCUUUGGUGGAAGCGAUUGAUACAGUGAAACAGAAAAUUACUCUGCUAGAAAACAAUGAACAAAGAUUAGUUGUUUUAGAAGGAGAGACAAACAAACAUGAUGCCUAUAUUAAUAUUCAUAAAGCACAGCUGAAUAAAAAUGAAGAGCGAUUUAAACUGCUAGAGGGUGCCUGCUAUAAUGGAAAGCUCAUUUGGAAGGUGACAGAUUACAAGAUGAGGAAGAGGGAGGCGGUGGAUGGGCACACAGUGUCCAUCUUCAGCCAGUCCUUCUAUACCAGCCGCUGUGGCUACCGGCUCUGUGCUAGAGCAUACCUGAAUGGGGACGGAUCCGGGAAGGGGACACACCUAUCCCUGUACAUUGUGGUAAUGCGAGGAGAGUUUGACUCACUGUUGCAGUGGCCGUUCAGGCAGAGGGUGACCCUGACGCUUUUCGAUCAGAGUGGCAAAAAGAACCACAUUGUGGAGACCUUCAAGGCUGACCCUAAUAGCAGCAGCUUUAAAAGACCUGAUGGGGAAAUGAACAUUGCAUCUGGCUGUCCUCGCUUUGUGGCUCAUUCCAUUUUGGAGAAUGCCAAGAACACCUACAUAAAAGAUGACACCCUGUUCUUGAAAGUAGCUGUGGAUCUAACUGACCUGGAGGAUCUCUAAUCACUGGUGUGUUAAAAGGAUUUUUUGGGGUCCAGAACCAUGGAGAACACAUUUAUCAUACUGACUUGGACGUAGGCUCAAUGCACAUUUGUAUUUGGCUCUUUGCCUUUAAUUUUUGAAGUCAGUUUACAAAUU